AUGAGUAAGCAGGCUCCUCCAAUAAUGCGGAAGCUGUUAAUUGGCCAAUUGCGGGAUCUCUGUGUAGAGCCCACUUCCGGUAGCCAGACGACUCGCAUCUUCUCAGUUCCCGCGGUCGCACCAGGGAGCCGUCUUCUCUUCUCCCUCGUCUGGUUGCAAGGCCGCGUCAUGGCCAUUGACCCGACGCCGCCUGUCGUCGCGUCCUCGUCACUAGCGCCGGAACCCGCGCCUGAACCCAAAGCUCCCAUCCGCUGUCUCCUCCUGGAUGACGGCACAGACUCUGUGCUGGUGGAUGCGGCUGCCGCUAGCGCCAAGGCCAACACGAUCCCUCGUCUGGGAGACUACGUCUCGGUCAUUGGAGAGCUCCGGUCGAGGCGGCAGGACGGGGCCCUGACUGCCAGCGUGCAGCACAACUGGCAGGUUGAGGCGUGUUGUCUGAUGUCGCUCAGUCAUGCUGACAAGUACUCACUGUGUGAGAGUCAGCAGAGGCAGAAACAGCCCUCGGUGUUCGCCGAACUCUCCUGGCCCCUGGAGGUCCUGGACAUGUCCAGACACUUUUUCACGCCGGCCUGA